UAACAAAGUAAUUCAGUAUAGGGAAUGUCAGCAUGGACAUUGUCGUUGACUGAUCUCGCUAAUCAAGCAGAAGCUUUUUUGGAUCAGGUGGACAAAAAAACUGCUGAAUCUCUUCAAGAGGAAGAUUCACCUAGUUACCAUGAAGAGGAAGAUAAGAAUGUGUUCUCAAGUCUGAACAACUCUCUUCUGCCUGGAGAACAAAACAUCUUCCUCACUGGUUCAGAAGAAUCUCACUCCUCUCCAGAGAUAGUACCUUCAUCCCAGGACCUGGUGUCGCUUAGUGAUGAUAGUGGGGAUGGAGAGGCGGUGAGGGGAGAGUACUUUGACAGACUGGAGCUGGAAAAUAAACUGAUUAAACAAGAAGUUACUCAGCUAACUGAUGAGAUUGGGUUCUUAUCUUCUAAAAUUAGUUCGUACAGGGAUAAGUUGCAGUCACAGCAGAUCCUGGAGGAGAAGCAGAAGAAGAAACUGAAAGAAAGAGAAGAAGAAAUAACAAAACAACUGUCCUUGAUAAGAAGCAUAAAGGGAACUGAGGCUGAUUUAAAGGAGGCCCUCACUGCUAAAGAUACUCAGAUAGGAGUUCUCAAAGUAAGGCUAGCGGAGGCUGACUCGGAGCUCGGAGCUCAGACCGCGCAUACAAAACGAAUGGAGGAGGAGUUGAGAGUGUCCAGUUCUUGUCACGGAGAACUGAGCCAGUUGAAAGAGGAGGUAACAGUUUCUAAUGAACUGGUAGAACAUUACAAAGAAUCUCUCUCUAAAGUACAGGGUGAAAGUAGGGAGCGAGAAGAAGAGUUACAGUGUCAAAUAGUAAAAGUAACUAACACACUACACAACACACAGCAAUUACUCAGAGAGGAGAAGCGCAGAUAUACCGGCACAUUGUCCGAACUGAAGCUUUCUCAAAACGAAUUGGAAUUUUCAAGAAAAGAUCUGUCAGAUUACAAAGAGAGAGCUACACGUGUACUUCAGGCAAAAGAAAAGAAAUCCCCUGCAGAUACCUCAAUUUUAGAUGACGAAGGAGUGGAGAUGAUGAUUCAAGAGCGCAACUUGAUAGAGUCCGAGCUCAGGUCGACUAAGUGCGAGUUGGUGAUUACGAAGGAGCAUUUGACCAGUGUAGAGCAAACUCACAGCGAGGAGCUGCAACAAGCAUUAGAGCAGUGCUCAACGGCAGAAAGUGCAACAAAAGACAGAGAAAACGAGUUAACUGAGUACCAAGACAUAGUGUCGCGACUGAAAGAGGAGAUGGUAAUUUGUCAGAGAGACAUGACUGUUUUGCGUUCUACCUCUGCGGCGGAAGUGCGCGCGCUGCGCACUGAGCUGGAGACUGUACGUAACGCGCGGUUUGUCGUCAAUGGAGCUGGCAGUGACUCGGAAUUGGAGGUCAAGAUAAACUCACUCACUGAGGUGUUGCUAAACAAGCAGGGUGAAGUAGAGAGGUUGAACAGUGAGAGGAGUAGUCUAGUGUUGCGUCUGGAGGGAUUAGAGGGAGUGUUACAGCAAGUUGAGAGGAGAAAUAACUCUGUUUCAGUGCCAGUCGAGAGGGAGGGGUUUGUGGAAACUUCUAGACCUAGUUACAAGAAUGAGAGACUGAGAGACGCUCUGAACUCUAUAGAUAAGUUUAGUGUGAGAUUAGGUGUGUUUCUUAGGAGGUACCCACAAGCCAGGCUAAUGGUACUAGGCUACAUGUUACUGCUACACAGCUGGGUUAUGGUGGUACUUCUCACCUACACUCCCGAGAUACACGAGAAUCACACGUGACCACUUCUCACGUACACUCCCGAGAUACACGAGGAUCACACGUGACACUCUGAUAAUCUCAGUUAUCAGUGUGUUUUAAAACCUUUUUUGUUCAGAGUUAUGAAAGUUUAUUUAUCAGUAUGACUUUGUAAUUAGAUCUACGAAUUUCUUUGCAAGUUUAUCAGACUUUAACUUAAGUUAAUAUUUUAUUUCUUCAGUAAUGGUUAUGAUUGGUUUGAUUUUUAUUUGCUUGAGUAGUAAAUAAUAAUAAAUAAUG